UCGAAUAACCAUCAUCUGUCAUACUCAACCAGACUGUACAUCUUUGACUCUUAAUCAUGGGUACAGCCACCGUGUUGGCACCGGAAGCAGCUGCCGCCGCUGCAGCGGCACUGUGUACUGGUUGGGAGGUACCAGCUUCCAUCUCCAUGGCUCAACUUGCUCAGGGCGCUGCAGCCGCUGGUAGUAUCAUUACAACGGUUUCCACACAUCCUCUUGGCGUCGCAGCCCUGGCCGGUGCUGCUGUAGUUGUGGCCGGCGAUGAGGAGAUGAAGGACCUCCGCUGCUGGGAAAAGAUUCUCCACAUCAAUGAGGACGGGUACGAGCGCCCUUCCGGCUUCAAUGACGACAAGAUCGAAUUUCAUCGCAAGCAUGGCAUUCUUCUACACGAGCUGACUCGCCAUUGCGAGAUGUUCAAGAACGAUAAUGGACAUGUUAUCCUGAAGAAUGCAUAUGGAGAGCACUUUGGCUUUUCUGUUAGUCUGUUCGUCCCAGCAGGGACGGCGAAGGAGGGCCCUAUUGCAGGGAUAAAUGUAGUUGUUGUUCACGCUACUCUAGUUAGCCUUAAGUAGGGCAACUUGUUGGACUUUGUCUACCUAGCAAACCAGAAUAGUGCAAAGAGCAAAGAACGUGCC